UGGAGAAGGUGAAAAGAUGUACGACCUUAGUUAUCAAGCCAGAGUGCAAUCUAAUGGCAACGUCAGUUUGUCUGCUCCUCUUCUCUUGCAGUCCGUGUGUCAAAUGGAUAUCAAAAAUUUCCCGUUUGAUAUUCAAAAAUGUAAAUUAAGAAUUGGCUCCUGGACAUACGAUAGCUCUGAUUUGGAUUUAGAAGAAUCGAAGGAGACCGGCGGCAUCAUUAUGAAUCACAUGGAAUCAAAUUCUCUUUGGAAGUAUAAAUCAGUGAAGGUUACACGUUCCUCCAUUAACUACACGUGUUGUAAAUUUCCAUUCCAUGACCUUACAUACACUUUUGAAUUUCAAAGAAAAUCGCUAUAUUACAUCUUGACGAUAAUAAUCCCAACAAUGUUGCUGUCAGCUCUGACCUGUAUCUCGUUUUGUUUUCCUGCCAACUCUGGUGAGAGGAUAUUGCUUUUGAUCUCAGUUGUGAUUGGUCUAUUUGUGAUUAUGAUUGUUGUGAACGAGCGGACACCAGUCACCUCAGACUCUAGACCUAUGUUAACCUUAAUUUUUAUCUGUGUCCAAAUGUCUAUAUUUAUAUCACUUCUUGCAAGUGCUUUUAUUUUGCGACUGAAUCACGGCCCAUAUCCCGAUCCUUUGCCAACGGGUCCCAAAGAUUUCUGUAAACAGUUGGGGAAGUGGUUAAUACGUUGUUGCAAAAGUAUUCACAAUCAGCAGAAGCAGAAAGGGUGCAAGAAAACGAACAACACUACUGAUAUAAUAUUGAGUGAACCGAUGAGAAUCACCAAUCUUGAAGGAAAUAUAAAUGGUGCCAUUGAUUCGAGCGAGCAGCCAUCAACCUCUCAUGCAGAAAAUGGAAAAUCGGUUGAGUUCUUAGUGGUUUUCUUUAUCUUUUUCUUUGUUAUUUUUGGUUAUUGGCUAUUUUCAAUAUAA